AUGGAGAUGGAGCGCAUGGUUGAAUUCUCACGCACUUACAUGGAUCGUCCCCCACGAAAGAGGGCGCGGUUGGGCUGGGAUAUUCCCGAAACCUCAAAGGCUCAGGUAGGAUUGUUUUGUGGACAAGAGGUUGAGAAUAUUUCAAGCUAUGCUCCUUCAGAACAUAUCACUAGUUCUCUAUUUAAGGGAGUUGCUCGAAAUGGUUCUCCCCCAUGGCGAGAUGACGACAAAGAUGGCCAUUACGUGUUUGAGCUUGGAGAUAAUUUAACUUCUCGCUAUAAGGUCCAUGGAAAAAUGGGUGAAGGAACUUUUGGACAGGUCUUGGAGUGUUGGGACAGAGAAAGGAAGGAAAUGGUCGCCAUUAAAGUUGUUCGUGCAAUUAAAAAGUAUCGAGAGGCAGCCAUGAUUGAAAUUGAGAUGCUGCAGCAACUUGCAAAACAUGAUAAAGGUGGCAAUCGUUGUGUGCAAAUACGGAACUGGUUUGACUAUCGUAAUCAUAUCUGUAUUGUGUUUGAGAAACUUGGACCAAGCUUAUACGAUUUUCUAAGGAAAAACAAUUAUCGUUCAUUUCCCAUUGAUCUUGUUCGCGAGAUUGGAAGACAACUAUUGGAAUGUGUAGCAUUCAUGCAUGACUUACACAUGAUCCAUACUGAUCUGAAGCCUGAAAACAUUCUUCUGGUUUCAUCGGAGUAUCUUAAAGUACCUGAUUACAAGAGUUCAUCCAGAGCACCGUUCUCCUUUUUCAAAAGAGUGCCCAAGUCAAGCGCCAUAAAGGUUAUUGAUUUUGGCAGCACUACGUAUGAACGAGAAAACCAGAAUUACAUUGUAUCAACACGUCAUUAUAGGGCACCUGAAGUUAUACUUGGACUUGGGUGGAGCUAUCCAUGUGAUGUAUGGAGUGUAGGUUGUAUACUAGUCGAGUUAUGCACUGGUGAAGCUUUGUUUCAGACUCAUGAGAAUUUAGAGCAUCUUGCCAUGAUGGAGAGGGUGCUUGGUCCAUUACCACAGCAGUUAUUGAAGAGAGUCGAUCGACAUGCUGAGAAGUAUGUCCGAAGGGGGAGACUGGACUGGCCAGAGGGUGCAACUUCGAGGGAGAGUAUUAAAGCUGUAAUGAAGCUUCCUCGUCUGCAGAACCUUAUAAUGCAGCAUGUCGAUCAUUCGGCUGGAGAUCUUAUACAUCUAUUGCAGGGGCUACUUAGGUUUGACCCCUUUGAAAGAGUUACAGCUAGGGAUGCUCUGAGACAUUCAUUCUUUAUGAGAGAUCACCUUAGGAGAUGA